AUGAUGACCAAGAGGCCUGGAGUUUACUUCAAUCCAGAGGAGACUGAGCUGGAUCUCACCUACAAGAGUCGAUACAAGGAUGUGACGCUCCCAGAUGCUUAUGAAAGACUCAUACUGGAUGUCUUCUGUGGAAAUCAAAUGCAUUUUGUUCGCAGUGAUGAGUUACAGGAGGCCUGGAGGAUCUUCACCCCCCUCCUCCACCAAGUAGAGAAAGAGAAGCCACGCCCCAUUCCCUACACAUAUGGAAGUCGUUGUCCAAGAGAAGCAGAUGAUCUCCUGAAGAGAGUGGGAUUUUGCUAUGAGGGAACAUACAAGUGGGUGCAGCCCCACACCGCUUAAUUCUUUCUGUCUCACAAUCAAGUACUUGAGAAAAGAUUGU